AUGUCCGCACUCCGCGAUCAGAGCCGUCGUCAAGACGCCUACAAGGCAAAAGGUGCCUUUAAACAAGAUGAGCUUCGCCGCCGCCGUGAGGAGGCGCAGGUGGAAAUCCGGCGCCAGAAGCGCGAAGAAAGUAUGGCUAAGCGCCGCAACUUGAACCUCCAACAAAUCUCCGAUGCGCCCGACUCGGACGAGGAAGACGGUUUGGGCGAUGAUUUGGACGCACAGAUUACCGAGCAGCUUCCGCAGAUGGUACAGGGUGCAUUGAGCGACAACCUGGAGAUGCAGCUCGAUGCGACGACCAAGUUCCGCAAGCUCCUGUCCAAGGAGAAGAACCCCCCAAUCGAUCGUGUGAUCCAGUGCGGUGUUAUUCCACGCUUUGUCGAGUUUCUCAGGAGUCCCCACAGCAUGAUCCAGUUUGAGGCUGCUUGGGCACUUACCAAUAUUGUCUCAGGCACCUCGGAGCACACGCAAGUGGUCAUCAAUGCAGGUGCCGUGCCCAUUUUCAUUGAGCUCCUCUCUUCUCCCGUGCUGGAUGUGCGCGAGCAGGCGGUCUGGGCGCUCGGCAACAUUGCCGGCGACUCGACCAAGUGCCGCGACUAUGUGCUGCAGCAAGGCGCAAUGCAUUCGCUUCUGGAGCUGCUCAGCGAGGACCAUAAAGUGAGCAUGCUCCGCAACGCGACCUGGACGCUGAGCAACUUGUGCCGCGGAAAGAACCCCCAGCCGAGCUGGGAGCUUGUUGUUCCUGCUCUCCCAACACUGACCAAGCUUGUCUACGCGAUGGACUAUGAGAUUUUGAUCGAUGCGUGCUGGGCGCUUUCCUACCUUUCUGACGGCGCCAACGAAAAGAUCCAGGCAGUGAUCGAGUCGGGUGUGACACGCCGGCUCGUCGAUCUGCUGUUGCACCCCUCCACUGCGGUACAGACGCCUGCGCUGCGGACCGCCGGCAACAUUGUCACGGGGGACGAUAUGCAGACCCAAGUGAUUAUUGCCUCGGGUGCGCUGCCUCCCCUGCUUUCCCUCUUGUCUUCGCCAAAGGAAGGGAUCAAGAAGGAGGCUUGCUGGACGAUUAGCAACAUUACCGCGGGCAAUCCCGUGCAGAUACAAGCCGUGAUCGACGCAAACAUUAUUCCUCCCCUGAUCACCAUCUUGGGCCACGCAGACUUCAAGACAAAGAAGGAGGCGUGUUGGGCGAUCAGCAAUGCGACCAGUGGUGGUCUUCAGCAGCCGCAGCAGAUUCGGUACCUCGUCUCCCAGGGCUGCAUCAAGCCCCUCUGCGACCUGCUCAAGUCAAUGGACAAUAAGAUUAUUCAAGUCGCCCUGGACGGCCUAGAAAACAUUCUCAAGAUUGGGGAGCAGGACAAAGAGGCAAUGGGCCCCGGCCACACAAACCAGUAUGCGCUGUACAUUGAGGAGGCCGGCGGUAUGGUCACUAUCCAUGCGCUCCAGAACCACGAAAACUUUGACAUUUACAAAAAAUGCUUUUACAUCAUGGACAAGUACUUCCCCGACGACGACGUGCAAGAGGAGACGGGCAUUGAUGCGCCGCAAGUCAGCGAGACGGGUGCUUUUGCGUUCCCCUCCAACAUGGCGACGCCGCAGGCGGGCUUCCAGUUUGGGCCCACGCCUGGAGCUCAGGAUAUGCAGUCGUAG